AUGACCACCAAUCCGGAUUUCAACAAGGAAACCACGGCGACAGCGGUUGCGCAAGCCUUCAGCGAUGAGAUCCGUGGAAAAGUCAUCGUGGUUGUGGGCGUAUCGCCGCAGAGCAUCGGCGAGUCCAUGGCACUUGCCUUGGCCGCGCAUGAACCCUCGCUCCUCGUCUUUGCUUCAAGAACAAAGUGGAAGAUGGAGAAGGUUUCCAGUAAGGUCAAAACGGUGCAUUCCAAUGCAAAGAUUGAACUCGUCGAGGUCGACCUUUCAUCAUUCGCAUCGGUUCGGGAAGGCACCAAGGCGAUCAACCAGAUUGUUGAUCGAAUUGAUAUCCUGAUCAACAACGCGGCGGUGGUGCUCCAGGAGCAUAAAUACACCACCGACGGGCUCGAAAUGCAGUUUGGCACGAACCACAUGGGCCCCUUCCUGUUGACCAAUCUCUUACUCCCUAAGCUCAUCAAAGCUGCUGAAGAAAGCACGUCUUGCAAAGGCUCAACCCGGAUUAUAAACCUCACGAGCGCCGGCCAUAUCCUUUCGCCGAUCCGGUUCAGCGACCAUGUCUUCCAUAAACGGCCAGAAGAUAUACCUCUGGAGGAAAGGCCGAUGUCGAGACCGGGCGUCUCUUUCGACCCGCCGCCAGGAGAGACCUAUGUGCCGUUCGUCGCUUACGGACAAUCCAAGACCGCCAACAUCCUCUUCUCAGUGUCUCUCACGCAGAAGCUCUCCAGCCAGGGUAUUCGGUCGAUUGCUACCCAUCCUGGUUCCAUUUGGACGGAUCUCUCGCGCCAUUUGGACGAGAAGAAUCAUGAGCUGAUCAGCAAGACUGCCGAGUUCUGGAAGGAUCUCGACCAAGGUGCUGCGACGACUUUGGUCGCCGCACUUGACCCCAAGCUGAGUUCAGAUUUGGAUGUCAUUUAUCUGAGCGAUUGCCAGGUGGCACAAGCAGCAGAUCAUGCCCGCGAUCAAAAGGCUGCCGAACGACUGUGGCAGUUAAGUGAAGCUAUUGUAGGCCGGCAACUUAAGUUGUAG